AUAAGAAAGACAGUUAUUUGAUGUUUUAGCCAAUGAGGGCGGUUCUGCGGAAGAGGAGUUGCAACGUAGUCACAUGACAAGUAACGUUUGAAAGGGGGCUAUCUGUCGGUGUUUCCUGAAGCAUAAUUAAUAAUCAUGCCUACCACACAGCAGUCACCCCAAGAUGAGCAGGAGAAGCUCCUUGAUGAAGCCAUUCAAGCCGUCAAGGUCCAGUCCUUCCAAAUGAAACGCUGUCUGGACAAGAACAAGUUGAUGGACGCCCUGAAGCAUGCCUCCAAUAUGCUGGGGGAGCUUCGGACAUCCAUGCUCUCUCCAAAAAGCUACUAUGAGCUCUACAUGGCCAUUUCUGACGAGCUGCACUACCUGGAAGUCUACCUGACAGAUGAGUUUGCCAAGGGUCGCAAGGUGGCUGAUCUGUAUGAGCUGGUCCAGUAUGCUGGGAACAUCAUACCCAGGCUGUACCUGCUGAUCACUGUGGGCGUGGUCUAUGUUAGGUCAUUUCCUCAGUCGCGGAAGGACAUCUUAAAGGACCUGGUGGAGAUGUGCCGGGGCGUCCAGCACCCUCUGAGAGGGCUGUUCCUGAGGAACUACCUACUCCAGUGUACCCGCAACAUUCUGCCUGACGAUGGAGAACAGCCUGAGGAGGAGACCACGGGUGACAUCAACGACUCCAUUGAUUUCGUCCUGCUGAACUUCGCUGAGAUGAACAAGCUGUGGGUGCGCAUGCAGCACCAGGGCCACAGCCGCGACCGAGAGAAGCGUGAGAAAGAGAGGCAGGAGCUGCGUAUCCUGGUGGGGACCAACCUAGUGCGCCUCAGCCAGCUGGAAGGGGUCAAUGUGGAAAAGUACAAGCAGGUUGUCCUGUCUGGCGUCUUGGAGCAGGUGGUGAAUUGCCGGGAUUCCCUGGCGCAGGAGUACCUUAUGGAAUGUAUCAUACAGGUGUUCCCCGAUGAGUUCCACCUUCAGACGCUGAACCCCUUCCUGAGGGCGUGUGCUGAGCUCCACCAGCACGUCAAUGUCAAGAACAUCAUCAUCGCCCUCAUCGACAGAUUAGCACUGUUCGCGCACAGAGAGGACGGUCCAGGCAUUCCUGCAGACAUUAAACUGUUCGACAUUUUCUCGCAACAAGUAGCUACGGUCAUCCAGUCCCGGCAGGAUAUGCCCUCUGAGGACGUGGUCUCCCUGCAAGUGUCCCUCAUCAAUCUGGCCAUGAAGUGCUACCCAGACCGAGUGGACUAUGUGGACAAGGUCCUGGAGAGCACAGUGGAGAUCUUCAACAAGCUCAACCUGGAGCACAUCGCCACCAGCAGCGCCGUGUCCAAGGAGCUCAUGCGACUGCUGAAGAUCCCUGUGGACACGUACAACAACAUCCUGACCGUGCUGAAGCUGAAGCACUUCCACCUGCUCUUCGAGUACUUCGACUACGAGUCGCGCAAGACCAUGAGCUGUUACGUGCUGAGCAACACGCUGGACUACGGCACCGAGGUGGUGGCGCAGGAGCAGGUGGACGCCAUCCUGAACCUGGUGUCCACGCUGAUACAAGACCAGCCUGACCAGCCUGCAGAGGACCCUGAUCCUGAGGACUUUGCCGAGGAGCAGAGUCUAGUGGGCCGCUUUAUCCACCUGUUGCGGUCCGAUGACCCUGACCAGCAGUAUCUGAUUUUAAACACCGCCAGAAAACACUUUGGAGCAGGAGGGAACCAAAGAAUCCGAUACACGCUGCCACCGCUGGUCUUCGCCGCCUAUCAGCUAGCGUUCCGCUACAAAGAGAACUCCAAAUCGGAUGACAAGUGGGAGAAAAAAUGCCAGAAGAUAUUCUCCUUUGCCCAUCAGACCAUCAGCGCACUCAUUAAAGCAGAACUGGCGGAACUGCCUUUGCGACUCUUCCUCCAGGGGGCGCUGGCGGCCGGUGAGAUCGGCUUCGAGAACCAUGAGACGGUCGCCUACGAGUUCAUGUCUCAGGCAUUCUCACUGUACGAGGACGAGAUCAGCGACUCGAAGGCCCAGCUGGCCGCCAUCACGCUGAUCGUGGGCACGUUUGAGCGGACUCGCUGUUUCAGUGAGGAGAAUCACGAGCCCCUCCGGACACAGUGCGCACUGGCCGCCUCCAAGUUGCUGAAGAAGCCCGACCAGUGCCGGGCUGUCAGCACCUGUGCGCACCUCUUCUGGUCCGGCCGCAACACCGACAAGAACGGCGAGGAGAUCCGGGACGGGAAGAGGGUGAUGGAGUGUCUGAAGAAGGCACUGAAGAUCGCCAACCAGUGCAUGGACCCUUCUCUGCAAGUGCAGCUCUUCAUAGAGAUACUGAACAGAUACUUAUACUUUUACGGGAAGGAGAAUGAAGCGGUCACCAUCCAGGUCCUGAACCAGCUCAUUCAGAAAAUCCGUGAAGAGCUCCCAAACCUAGAAUCGAGUGAGGAAACAGAGCAGAUUAACAAGCAUUUCCACAACACCCUGGAGCACCUGCGGCUACGGAGGGAGUCCCCAGAGGCCGACGGUCCCGUUUAUGAGGGCUUGGUCCUGUAGGGGGCGCCACUGAACGCCCUCUUACCCAUCUCCCUAAAUCAUCCAUCCAGUGUUGAACGCAGGCCCCUUCUAACCAUUUUACUCUUCUUUCCUCUUUUUCUGCUCUCCAUUCAUCCUGCCACGUUCACCUAUGACCCCUUUCUAAAGAAUGAUUCAUUUCCCUUUUCUGCAGCGAGUUUCUCUGACUUAUCGAGCUUGCGCGGCCAAUGCCAAACUCCCUCUGUGUAGCACUUUGUUUUUCUGAGAUCAUUCCUUCGGCAAACCUGAAAAUAAAAAUAAGGGAGAGUCGAUGCCCCAUGUUGAGGCCUGGCGUUACUCGCUCUUCUUCUCGGCCCCCUUGCUGGCCAUUCUUACUAGCAGGUCGGUGCCUCUCGGCCUAAUUGGGAUGUGCCGUUAUCGCUCUGGUGGCAUGCUUCCCCCUUUCUUAUGGUUGGCAGGGCAGCCGUGUUUGUGUCCUGGCAGCCUAUGAGAUAUUCUGUGAACUUGCUCCUGUGUCAUUCUGCGUGCGCUGAAUUGUUGAACACCUAUGGAAACGUGAGUGUAUACAAGCCGUGUCUGUCGUGUUAUGACAAGUGCAUCUGUUUGGAUGGCGGCUCCUCUGCCGUGUGAUUUCCGGUUGUUGGAUGCAGUUUGGUGGAGGAUCUCCCUAUCUACUGUUUGUAGAAGUCUGUUGCUGUGUGUGUGAGAGAGAGUGUGUGUGUGUGUGUGGGUGCAUGGAUGCUUAAAAAAAAGUGACUGCUGUUAAUAACUUGAGGUGCAUUUUAUCCCAUUGGGACUUGAGAGAAUACAACAGCUAUUGUAGAUCUUAAUUCAUGAAAAGACAUUUAAUUCCAGAUCUGUCUGGGCAGGGGAUGAAGGGGGCUUUUUGUUGAUUUCCUUUUGUUUGGGGUUUUCCAUCUAUAUCGUCUGCAUAACCUAAAUGUAAUUCAGUGAGAACAAAUACGGCAAGAAUCACAUCAUUUGCACAAAUAAACAAUAAAUUGCGAUUAACCAUA